GCCAGCGUUACUACGGGUGUAAUUUUAUUUUUUUUAUUUCAUAUUUUAUUUACAAAUUAGAGAGUAAAUAAGAGUCAAAGAAAAUUAUGGACUCUUCUACAAUAUUAAAUAUAUAUAUGACCGAUGAGGCAAUGGAGGAGUUGGAAGAUCGUAAUCCAACCACAAACAUCGUAGGAUAUGUAGACGCAAUUAUGGCUCCUUCUCCAGCUGGCGCAACUAAAGAUAUAUUAUUUAAAUUUAUUCUGUCAAAUGACAGAAAAAGAAUUCCAAUCUUCAUAUGGAAUCCGCUUCUUAUCAAUAAAUAUUAUAAAGAGAUAUGUUCUAGUAGGGUAGUUGAUAUCAAUGGUGGUUUCUGCCGAGCAGUUAAUAGAACCUUGAAAGAUGAUUUGAUUCCAUAUGAAAUAGUAAUAAAAGAAAAUACACAACUUUUUUUGGGAUAUCACUCGUUGUCAGGUGUAAAGACAAAUGAAGUCCAAAAGUCAACUUUUGAUACGAUACACGCCCUUCAGGGAUUAAUCGAAAUUUCUGGUCACAUACGUACCAAAUUUUACUUAAAUCACAACCGAAGUGGACAGAUUUCUUACGGCUUAGGAGCCAUUACAAAUGGGGUUAAGAAAAUAACAAUUCAGGUAAAGCAGUUUGUGGAGAGUCAAUUGGAAUUGGGUGAUUUUGUUACUGUGACAGGAACUGUGCAAGGGCAAGAUGCCGACAAAACUAUGCCGUGUCGAUGCCGUGACAAGAGAGAGAGAGAGAGAGAGAAAAAGCGGUUGUGCGGGAAGUAUAUUAUAACCCUGCCUAAUUUAACGUAUUAUCAGAGAUUAAAGCCAUCCAUAGAACAGCUGGGAAAGCAGUGUCCUUGCAACACAAUGCGAGUGCCACGUGUUACAACAGCAAGACAGUGCAACCGGUAGUGCAAGUGCUACUAUUAAGUUCGGCGACGCAAGGAGAGGUCCGGAACGUUGCCGCUUAAAACGCCUAUCUGUGCACAUUCGUCUCAUUUUCGACAAGUUUUGUCAAACUUUGGGCAAACUUUCGCCAAACUUUGGCCGUAUUUAUUUAACGAGGAUAGCGUCUAGGUGUACAGGGUGGCGAAGUCUAGAUGGUGCGCAAUAUGAAAUAUUAAAAAAACUUCA